AUGUGUCAUGUGAGGGUUGUACUUUACUCCUCUUUUAGAAACAACACAACCUGUGAAACACAGCAAUUAAACUUCUCCAGCAAACGGACUGUUUUAAUGCUGCGUUCAUCUGACUGCACUGAAGAGAUUUGAAACAAUGAAGAUCAGGCACCUAACGAGGCUGCUUCUGUUUUGGAGUACACUUUAUCUUCAAACACCUGAGACAAACUCCAAAGCGAGUCCUGAGUUUCUGGAGAAAAAAAGGAGCACAUUACAAAUCAAGCCUAAAAUCACAGUCAGUGUCAUUCUGGGAAAUGCUACAGAGCUACAAUGUAGGAAUGAGAAUAGAUCUAGCGAAGGACUGAUUAUAUGGUGGCAGACCCCAUUUGGAUCAUUUGGAGAAAGACACAAGUUUAGCAAUAAGGACCCAAUAGAGAUGAGUAAUGGGAAUUUGAGGAUCUCAAAGGCCACAUUAAGUCACACUGGACUCUACAGUUGCCACCUUGUGGACAGUCGAGGCACAGCAGUCAUUCCAUAUAGAGUAAAUGUAUUGAGUGAAAACACACACAAGACAAGAACGAGGACAAGAACAGCCAGAGAGGGCGAGACGUCCACCAUCCAUUACUCAGACGCUCACUUUGCAGCAGCUGUGUCAUCAUCAGUGUUGGUCACCUUUAUAGGGGCGUUUACGCUCGGUGCAUUCAGUCAACCCUACGUCAUUAAGUGUCUACAAAGGACAAGGGCCAGGAUAUGUCCUAACAAAAGUAGCCACCGAGAGACAUCGAGACACGCUAGUCAUAGACUCAGGGCUGUGUUUUUCCACAGAAACCCAAAAUCUGAAGAAGACACUGUAGAGUUUGCGCCAGAGACCUCAGCGCCCAUUAAGGCUCCUUCUACCAUCAAGACAAACCAAGAGAACCAAGAUGGAGCUUGUCUGGAGGGUGACUCAAUAAGCAGCGAUGCUGAAAAUGGCAUAAACUGCACAUCAAAUGGAGUAGCUGGUGAUGAAUCAGAUCAACCCAAAGACCAAGAAGGAGAAGAACAGAACGCUGGACCUGGAUCAGAGACGAUUGCGUGCAAACAGCCCAAACGAGUCAGUAGAGUUAUUAAACUAUACAACUAUGAUGAAGAUGGAAACCAGUACAGCCACAUAAAGGAACCUAAGGAUAUUCCUACACCCAGACAGAGAGUAAUGUCACUCACUCGACUCCAAAGCAUCAUGAAUGAGGUGGAAUCACCGGAUUUCUCCAGCAGCACCGACUCAACCGAACCAGAUGAAGCUCUCAGCAUGAAAGACAUUUAAACACCCUAUUUGGACAAUUUUAAAAGAUAUAUAUAUAUAUAUAUAUAUAUAUAUAUAUAUAUAUAUAUAUAUAUAUAUAUAUAUAUAUAUAUAUAAUAUCUCAUUUAUACAAUUUUCCACCAAUCACAAAUAUGUAGAUACAGGGUUUGCUUUUGGAACACUGGAACUAAGGUUAAUGUGGUUAACAAACAAUGGCAGUCUAUCUCAUGCAACAUUUCCCCCCUAAAUACAUGCUGAAAUCUUCCUGUAAUUGCUUCUGUUUAAUGGGCUGCAGACCACAUUGGUAAGUCUGUACAACGUUACUGAAGAAUUGGAUGUGGUUUGAAAUUGAGAUAAUUACAGAAAUGAUUUUGACAUAUAUGAAGGCCUGUGCACGUAUCAGAAAUGUCACAUUUUCUGUGAGGAUUUAUCUGUUUGGUAGAACACUUGUUUUAUUUUUCUUAAUUAAUUAGUGAUAAAUAUAUGCUGCCAGUAGUGGAUAAAUUAUAAUAAAAAAAAUUUUUUUUAGAAACUUUUGAGUGUGAAUCUGUUCUGAUUUUCUGUAAAGCAGGCAUAUGAUCAAAGAAUUAUGAACUGAGGUUCAGAUUGAAUCCAUAAUAUACAUUCUGGCACAUUAUGUGAUUUACAAAAAAAGAAAUAUACUGUAUAAUGAAUGAUGUUCAGGUUGAAUGAGUGCUGUUUAUAGGAAAAUAAUCCUACGAUAGUGUGUUGUUCAUUUUCCAACAGCAUGCAUGUCCCAAAGCGCUUUAUUUCUCUUGUACCUGGGCGAUUUGCCAACAACUUAAAAUGUUUUAUUUAUUACUAAAUGAUAUGUCAUACCUUUAUAGAUACAUAGAACAUCUGUGAAACAAGUUUUUGCCCUCACUUACAGGUGCAUCUAAAAAUAAAAAAAAAUAAAAAAAUAGAAUAUCGUGGAAAAUUUUAUUUGUGUUCUGUAGUUUAUUUUGUUAUGUAUUUUUCAUGGAAGUCAAAAAUCCAGUAUCUCAAAAUAGUAGAAUAAAGAAUUUAUAAUAUGAAAAUUAUGCUAAUUUAUGCACAGGAUAUUGGUCAGGGCUCCUCUUGCACGAAUUACUGCAUCAAUGUGGCGUGGCAUGGAGGCAGUGGCACUGCUGAGGUGUUAUGGAAGCCCAGGUGGCUUUGAUCGAUUAAAAACAACAACAAAAAAAAGUCUUGAAAUAUUUAAAUUUAUGUGUAAUGAAUCUAGAAUACAUGAAAGUUCCACUUUUUGAAUUAAAUUACAGAAAAAAAACUAACAUUUCUAUUGUCAUUUUUUGAGAUACACCUGUAUGCUAUAUAAACUAUAAACAAACGUCCCCUCACCAGUAGGGAUGCACCAUAACUAUGCAGCAUAACUAUGUUUUACUGUGCGUUCGUACUUCCUCUCGAUGGCGAGGCAAAUCUUGCGUUCUCCCGCUUUGGGUUCUUUCCCAGGAGGGAAGUAUGUCCCUCUGAUGGUGAUGGCAGCCUCUGAAUAUUCGCCAAUUGUCACUGUCAUUUCCUUCAAAUGCUAUUGAGCUUUAAAUAAUAGUAUAUUUUGUGCAUGGGCCCAUUCUGCAGUGAAAUUCAUGUCUAAUUUAAAUGUGAUUUAAUAGCUCAUUUUAAUAAAUAUCAAAAAUCUAAAAGGUGUGCCUCAUACCCGACACCUAGAUGAACACUUUACAGUUGGUUUUGUGACUGUACAUCAUUCCCUUCAAAUGCUAUUGAAGUUAGAAUCGUGCUUAACAAUGUCAUAUGUAACUUUAGAGACGGUCCCUUAAUUUCCGCAUAUCCACGAAUAUCGAACGUCCAACGUUAAACCAACUUUAUUCCAGUGUACACCUCGCGGAGUAUUGUCACGUCACGAGACGUAAGGGAGUAGAGUACAGAAGCAGGUGCAGGUAAAGACGUAUUUAUUUAAGGGCAAGCAGACAAAUCCAAAUAGUAAUCCAAAAACGUUGUCAAGACAGGCAAAGGGUCGGGCAAUCGGCAAACAGGCAUAAACGGG